AUUCCAAUGGGUGUCAAGAGAGUUGUUUUUGGUAAUAAAAUAAAUCAGCCAUUAAAAAUUGGCUCGAUACCAGACGGAGUAGAGUCAAUUGUGUUUGGUAAUAGAUUUAAUAACUCGGUUACACCGCAAGGUAUAAUACCAACAUCGUGCAAAUCAAUAGUUUUUGGCGAAGAGUAUAACAAAAAAUUAACGAUUGGGUCCCUUCCCGACAGCUUAGAGUAUCUUUCAUUUGGUUCAGAGUUUAACGAAGAAAUACAGAUAGGUGAAAUUCCUAAUAGAGUCCAAACAAUUAAAUUUGGAAGAAAAUUUAAUCAGUUAAUUAAUGAACAUGUUUUGCCACAGAGUGUCACAUCCAUUACAUUCGGUGAAUGGUAUAAUAAAAUUCUUUUACCACAUUCUUUGCCACCGUUUCUAGAGUAUCUAGCACUUGGUUCGUCUUAUAACAGACCAAUCAAAGAUGUCAUUCCAGCUUCGUUAAAGUCAUUAUCAUUAGGGGGUUAUUUUAACCAAACAUUGGCAGAGGGUGACCUACCACUUUCUCUAGAGUCUCUUGUAUUUUCAAAUAAUUUUAACAAGCCCAUUAGAGUUGGUUCAAGGUUAGUGAUCCCACCUAAUGUUCAUACAAUAGUUUUUGGGAAUGGUUUUAACCAGGCUCUAUAUGAAGGCGAUCUUCCUCUUUCUCUGACAUCUCUUUCUUUUGGCCAAUGUUUUAAUCAAAUUCUAAAUAAAGGGUGCAUACCACCUAAUGUACAUACACUUGUGUUUGGUAAUAGCUUCAAUCAAACAUUAAACAAAGGUGAUUUACCACCUAGUAUCACAUCUCUUUCGUUUGGCCAAUGGUUCAAUCAACCAAUUAGAGAUGUAAUACCACCCAGUAUUACUUCCCUUUCUCUAGGUAACAAGUUUGAUCAAGAUUCAUACAAACUAUUAAUUGCAUUACCUUUACUAGAAACACUAAAGAUUGGUGAAAACUUUGAUCCUAAAUUUAAAAAUGGAAUUCCAAGCUCACUUCAUACUUUGAUUAUACCAACUCACUAU